GGAUAAAUUUAUCAAGAGGUGGUAAAAGUGGGCCUAAAUACAACAUUUUAACCAAUGUAAUCAACUCACGAUUAAUUUUAACGAGUUCUUGAGGUCUAUUGAUAAAUUUAUCCGAUAGAUAAAUCCAGCUGUUAGCCAAUGAGACUGCUUAAAACCGCUGUAACCAUGGGAACUAUUUCCUAGAUAGUUUAUAAGGAGGAUGGUAAAACUGGGCCUUAGAGUUUCUUUGCAAAAUAAAAAUCUAGUGGAAAAUGGAUGGAUCAUUUCAAUUAUACGAAAUUAUAUCCUGACUUAUAAGCAUAACUUAGUUCCUGGUUUAUAACUUGCUUAUAUAGGGCCUAAUCUCAUGCUCAGCCACAACUCCAAUUAGUAAUGAGCGUUACAUUUUGAUUUUGGUUAUUUGUGGAUAUUGAUUGAAUUUAAAAUUCUGGAGCCAGUGUUAUUAAGAAGAUGCUGCCGAUUUAUUUGUGCUUCUUAUUGAUUGGUAGUUAUCUCCUUCUUUAUCAGGAUAGCAAAUCCUGAUAUUGAUCAAAUUUCUUGGAUUACAUUUUACAGUAUGAUGGAAAUAAUAAAUGUUCUUCUGUUUCUGACCAAAGUACCUAAGAGUUUUGUGCGAUCAGAUACAAGCCCGAACCUGUUUGAAGUAAAGGUUGAGAAGUUGGAAAAAAUUGGUCCAAAUGGUCCGGAUUGUUUCUCAACCCACAGAAUUUACUUGAAAAAAUUAAAAAAUUGCUUUUGUAUUAUUAAAAUCAACAUCAUCACCCAUAAUCUGGUAAUUUUUUUAUGAGCAGUUAAAAUCAUCUCUUGCAUUGAUGCGCACCUUGGUCUAUUGGCUGAGUAACACAUGUAAAAUUUGGAGGAAAUAUGCUACGCAUGUUUUUCCAAUAUCUCUUUGUGGUAAUUCUGAAUCAAUAUGUAUUCGCAGGAUAUUUAACCAAUCGCAAUAUGGCUUUUGUUGGAAAAUAAUUUUUUUUAAAUAAGUUUUUAGCUGAGUUGCAUUUGUCCAUAAUCUUGGUCACUACGGUUGACCAUCAUAAAUUGAUUAAAUGACUUGAUCAUCAUAAAUUGAUGAAUGAAAAAUGUUACGAUCCGGGUAUGAACAACUCAAAUUUGUAAUAUUCAGUGACUCUUAAAUUCUUAAUAGUCCUGAAUAAAUCUUAAUUUCAAUACCCGUCUCAUUUAUGUCUCACAGUUACCGUGUUACUCCAAAUUACUCCAAAAGUCUUUCCAUUACUUCGCAUUGAUGGUUUCCAUUUUUACUUAAUAACUUUUAAGUAUUCUUCAAUUAUUUAUGUAAGUGAUUGAAAACUGGACCAUAACUGAUCCAAAACUACAUCUAAAAUUGUUGACAACUCAAAAAUUGAUUUAUAACGUUGCAAAAUUGUUCAAGAUGACUAAAAAUUGCGUAAUAAUCCUUGGUAAUUUGUCUAAAUGGUUAAGAAUCGGUUCGUAGCUAUUUCAAGAAGUUCAAAAUGCCCGAAAAGUAGUUGGUAAAUAUUAAAAUCUUGUCUAAAUACUUGAGAACUAAUUAAUUUCUAUUCCCCAUUUUUCAAGAUGGUUCAAAAUUGGUUGGUGUUCUUCGAAAAGUUGUCUAAAUAAUUUAAAAUUGUGUCUAAAAUUAUUCUAUACGGAUUUAUAACGUUGCAAGAUUGCUCAAAAUGAAUAAAAAGUACUUAGUAGUCCUUGGUAAUUUGUCUAAAUGGUUGAGAAUUAGUUCGUAGCUAUACCAACUAGUUCAAAAUGACCGAAAAGUAGUUUUUAAAUAUUAAAAUCUUGUCUAAAUAGUUGAGAAUUGGUUCAUUUCUAUUCCCCAUUCUUCAAAAUGAUUAAAAAGUUUGGUAUUCUUUAAAAAUUUGUCUAAAUGAUUUAAAGUUGAUCCAAAACUGCAUAUAUAAGUGAUCACAACGGAUUUAGAGCGUUGCAUAACUAUUCAAAAUGAUUAAAAAUCACUUAGUAAUCCUUGGUAAUUUGUCUAAAUGAUUAAGAAUCGGUGCGUAACUAUUUCAACAAGUUCAAAAUGGCCAAGAAUUAGUUCGCAAACAUUAGUAACUGUAGUAUAGUUAAGAACUGAUUAAAUCUAUUCCCCAUUUUUUAGAUGAUUGAAAAUAUAUUAGUUUUCUUCGAAAAAUUGCCUACAUAAUUGAAAAUCGAUCCAAAACUGCAUCUAGAAUUGUUCUAUACGGAUUUAUAACAUUGCAAAAUUUGUUCAAAAUGAUUAAUUAUUGCUUAGUAUCCUUGGUAAUUUGUCUAAAUAAUUGAGAAUUGGUUUGUAGCUAUUUCAAGUAGUUCAACAUGACCGAAAAGUAGUUGCUAAAUAUUAAAGUCUUGUCUGAAUGGUUGAGAAUUGGUUAUUUCUAUUCUCCAUUCUUCAAAAUGAUUGAAAAUGUUGGUAUCCUUUAAAAUUGAUCUAUAACUCAUUCAAAACUGCAUCUAUAUAAAUAUGUUCACAACGGAUUUAUAACGUUGCAUAACUAUUCAAAAAGAUUAAAAAUUACUCCGUAAUCCUUGGUUAUUUGUCUAAAUGGUUCGCAGUUAUUCCAAGUGGUUCAAAACUCUCAAUUCAUCCGUUAAAAUUCAAAGGAUACGUGUUUAAUCUGCUGUUUUCAUUUCUUCGUCUUUCUUCUUCACUUUCUUCUUCCUCCAAUUGUCCACGUUUAAUGUUUUCUAUGAUUCUUCUCCUUUUUCAUUCGAGAGUUGAAGCUAGAGUUUUAAAAAGUUUUAACACAUUUACGUACAACAUUUUCCAAUUUCACAUCACUUGCAGAUCUGAUUUUGCCUUCUAUAAGAUUUUCCUGUAAUUCUUCAAAAUCUUACAUGAAUUUUGGCAAAUUGUUGAAACCUCUUGUGAUUAAUAUCUUUCAAAGCGUCGAAUGAUCGCAAAUAGCCUUUUAUCAUUUUGAAUAAAGUGUCUAAAACUGUUAACAUAUUCGUGAAUGUAUUACAAAGAUAAGAAGUUUUGAAGGUUGCUAUUACAGUUGGUCCAUUAGUAUCAAAAAAAGUUGUUGUGUUGGGAAACAUGUAAUCAACCUUGACAUACAAUGUGUUUUUAUUUCAGCAAGGUUUUUAAGAUGAAUUCAUUUUCUUUAUCAAAGUGAAACAGAGUUGGGCAGUGAUAAUUCGUGUACCAAUCUUUGAAAAUAUCUGGCAACAUAUUUUAACCUAGGAUUUAAAGUUGAAACAAAACGUUUUUUAUAACAAAUAAAUGUUCGUGUUAGCAACAUUUUCCAAUAAGUUUAGUUUUAUCGAUGACGAUUAAGUCUGGAGAAUAGUUAUUUGUUGUAGAUAUCCUUAAAAUUAGGGAAAGGAAGCCGCCACCGUAAUAUUCACUCUACGAUGAUAGAGAAUUCUAAAAAAAAAUUCUUAAUCGCUAUCUCUUUCUUUGAAUCAUUAACAAAUUUUCCUAUUCUUUUCAAAACUUAUCUUCUAUUGUAACUCAUAGUUUUUACAUGUAUUAUCGUAGAGUGUUGAGCAAAAUUUUAUGUUUUUGCAAAAGGAGAUACAAUUUUCUUUGCAAAAUUAAUUUAAGUCGUUUAAAGAAAUCUUGAUAUGCUUUGAUGUUAUUGCACUUUUUGCCAAUGUUCUUCUUGAUUGCAACUUAAUUGAUUAAUUUCUCUUAUUGAUUUAGCUAGAGUUAACGAUUACUGGAAGAUAUUAAAUGAGAGUUUUGGGAGAUAUUUGACACUAUCCAAUGUAAUUGGUACAAAUUAAGAGCCGUUCAAAGUAACUAUCAGUCACUAAGAGGCAUUGACAAACUUAUUGCAGUUUCUAUGCUGCGGUUUUAUAUACAGAGAAAUGCGAUUAACAAUUGACGUUUCUUUUCUAUCUUGAAUCUACCUGAAUCUUUGUGCUUUAUACACAUCGAGGUUAGAAUUUUCGAGCGAAGGAGUUAUUGCAGUUAUUUCCAACAUCAUCCUAUGAGCAUAGGAUCCUAUAUCUCCUAAGAUCAUAAGUCUAAAACUACUAAAACUUAGAACUAGAUUUUAUUAAAUUUCGACAUAUAACGCUGAUCAAAAUUUUGUUGAAAUAUAAUUUAGUAAUAAAACGAAACGAAAUCGAUUAUAUUAUGUCGCUAAUUUAAGAAAAAAAGAUUUAAGAUUAAUAAUAAGGGACAGUCAAUUUUUCCGAUGUCGCAGUAUUAAGUAACAAAGAUAUCUCCUAGUAUCCACUUAUUUAUUUAUUUUCUUUUAUAAUUUCCUUUUUUUUGUAUGUACUUCUUUAGUUUUUAGUAGACUAUACUGUGUUGGUGAAUGGUUGGCUUUUAAACAACAAAGUUAUUGAAAAAAUGGGUAACAAUUAGAAGUGAUAUAUGCAAUAAAAAUAACUAUUCUAUGUCUAAGAAUAAUAUGUAUAUUGUUAAUUUGUCAUUGGAUGACGUUUAAAUUUCUUAAUAAAAUUGCCUUUGAAGUCAUUUUGAAGUUUUCUUUUUUAUUAUCUUUUUAACAUAAUUUAAAAGAGAAAUGUUUGUUUAUCCAAGUUUACCACCGAAAGAUUACGCCUUAAAACGCGUAACAGGGAAUGUUUUAUCGUGUAGAGAAUUUACUCCCGAAGGUCAAUUAAGGGUUACCCUUCCUGAAAUAGCCAAAUUUGUGGUUCCCGUUGCACCAACCGUACAUGAUGAACCACCUGAGGUACUAUACAAAGAAGUUAACCCUGAAGUUGUUGAUAAGUGGGUAAAAUACGAUCGAGCUGAAUGGGUUGUAAAACCGGGGGAAGAUGAUUAUUUUCUUCACGAUGUUUGCAGGAAAUAUAGCCAAGAAAAAGAAAAUUAUGAUCCAAGAUACAAAAAAAACACAUCAUUUUAUACUCGCUCAUACAAAUACGAAUUGGAUUGUUUGGAAGACUUUCGAUUAAGAAAAUUACAAAAGAAAAUUGAUAGGGAAAAAAUUGAGCAUAUGCAGAGGUUGCAUACUCAAUUAGGGAUACGAAAAGAGGAUAUUCCAGAUAUAGCGGAAGCUGAGCAAGGUUUAUUCAAAGAAGAACGAUGGCAAGAACCACCCGUGCUUUUUGCACCAAGCUUAAGCGAUCCAUGUUUGAGGAGAUCAGAAUUUUCCCUAAUUGGUCAACCAUUUAAACACGAAGCUUGUAAUUGGUAUUAUAAACAUUUGCCACCUCCAAACAUUGUGUUUAGACCAGAAAAAUUUGGGAAAUAAAAUUAUCAAUGAAAUUUGUAUUAAUUUUUAAUAUUUUGUAAA